GUUGUUUUUGUCGUUUUUAAAGUUUUAAAGUUUUUGUGGUUUUUUUUUUUGUUUUUGAUAUUCAAAAUUUCGUCCAUUUUUUUCUUCUCAUUGUGAUAAUUGUGUUAUAUUUUGCACACAAAUUUUUCUUCCAUUCCGUUCCGUUAAUGUUUUCUUGGGGUUAAAUCGCAAAAAUAACCACUACCAGCCAACGACAGCAACACUGAUCAUCAUUUUCACAUUUGAAAUUUGUCGAUUUUCUUCAUUUUUCCGAUUUCAAAUCAUCGAAAAUGUUUUCCAAACUAAAAACAACAUCUUCGUCAUCGUCGUCAUUAUUGAAUCCGGCCAGUCCAACAUUAUCGAUAAGCUCAAAUUGCAGUAGCAGUGGCAAUAGCCAAUAUAAUAUUGAUGUUAAUCCAAUUGCACAAUAUUUUGAAUGUGGUAAACAAAUCGGUUCAGCCGGGCCGGAAUUAGCAUGGAAAAUUUUCGAUGCCGUUCGUAAAUCGGAUUCGAAAGAAGUAUCAUUAUUUUUCUAUGAUAAACGUCAAGCUGAUAAAUUACAUAAACCAAAACGUAAAGAAAUGAUUGCCGAAAUAUUGCGAUUCAGUAUAAGACAAUUAGAUCGUUUUCGUCAUCCACGUAUUCUGGCUAUUGUACAUUCGGUUGAAGAAUCAAGUGAUACAUUAGCAUUUGCAACCGAACCAGUAUUGGGUAGUUUAGCAAAUUGUUAUGAAUAUUUGGAAGACAGGUUGCCACAAUCAUAUGAACCAUCACCAUUGUUACGUGAACAAAAUUUAUUAGAUUUUGAAAUUAAAUAUGGUUUAUUACAGAUUAUCGAAGCAUUAAUACAUUUACAUCAAAAUUGUCGUGUUAUUCAUCGUAAUAUAUCACCACAAUCAAUAUUGAUCAAUAAAAAAGGUACAUGGAAAUUGGCUGGUUUUGAAUUUAUGGAAAAAUGUAGUAACAACAGUAAUGAUUGUAACAAUGAUCUAAUGAAUGUCAUUACAUGUCAACCAUAUACAAGUAAAUUACCUAAAAUGGGACAACCAGAUUUAGAUUUUAUUGCGCCCGAAGUACAAACACAAUCAUUAUGUACAAUAAAUAGUGAUAUGUUUUCAUUAGGUUUAUUAAUAACAUUUCUUUAUAAUAAUGGACGAUCAUUAAUACAAGCAAAUUUGAAUGCAUCCAAUUAUUUAAAACAACUUGAUGCGUUAAAUAUAUCGCUCAAUCAAUUGCUGCCAAAUAUUCCAUCUGGACUACAUGAAUCAUUGAAAAGUUUACUUGAAAUUGAUUAUAAAAAACGUCCUACAUCACAAAAUUUAACAACGUCCAAAUAUUUUAUCGAUCCAAGUGUACAGGCCUUACAUUAUUUGGAUAUAAUACAGAUGAAAGAUUCGAUACAUAAAUCAAAUUUUUAUCAUAAUUUAAAAAAUCUUUUACCAACAAUACCAACGAAAUUAUGGUAUCAACAUAUAUUACCAUCAAUGGUUGGUGAAUUGGAAAGUCCGGAAGUAUUAGCAGCAGCAUUACAACCAAUAAUCUAUAUGAUUAAUCGUUCAACGAUGGAACAAUUUCAACAAUAUAUUCUACCAUUUAUUAAGAAUAUAUUUCAGAUGCCAAAAUCUGUUCAG